AUGUUCGCCGGCGCAAGCGGGGACCCCACGCGAAUUCUGCCAUCCGCCGGUGUUGACGUCGAUGACGACGCGGUCGCGCCGGCUGCGGAUUUGCCAGCGCCGCCUUUCGCGCUGCUGCCGCUGCCUUGCUUGAAAGCAUCUACGAUGGCCUUUCCGCGGAAUGAAACUUUCGGCGUGACUGAGCCGCCAACAACGGCAUUCACGGAAGAGCGAUCCGCAGGUGCAGGAACGGGGGCGGGGCUGGCGCGGGGAGGUGCAGGGGAAGCGGGGGCAGCGGGGGAUGCGAACGGGGAGGUAGGGGUGGAAGUGGGGAGGCUUUUGGCGAACGACGAGGGGAAAGCCGUUGUGGGGGGAGGGGGAAAUGCGCUAUCGGCUGCUGCGGGUGGCGACACUGGUGCUUCGGCAGCGGCGGGAGAACCCGAUGCGCUGCUGGUUGCCGCCUUAGAAGCGGCUGCGGCGCGGGCUGCUAGCAGGGCCGAUAUCUUCUUUCCCGCGAAUGGGCUUGUAACGGAAGGCUUUUCUUCGGUUGCUGACGAUGCUUCUGAUGCAGAAUCUUCGGCAGAUGCCGAGACUCGGCGAAUCGCGGCGGAUGCACGGCGGCGGUACGUCGACGCGCGGACGUGGCGGAGGGGAUCGAAUCCGGUGCCGCGGAGAGAGGCGAGGCGCGCGGAUGACGAGGACGCGGAUCGCACCCACGCGUCUGAAGCCUCCGCAUUUGAAGCAAGUCCAGCAGUGAGGCCACGAACAGGAGUGGCGAGAAGGGAAGCCAUGGUAGAAGUGCGGCGGAUGGUGAUGCUGAAGCAAGUGAAUCCCUCAGAAUGGGCCAUCCAGUAUGGUUCCAAGUUCAUCAGCGGGGGUGAACCUGGCAUUGCAGCCACUGUGGACAAGAACACCAGUUUAGCGAGAAAAGUUUUCAGGCUUUUGAAGUCCGUCAAUGAGAUCCAGAAUCUUCUUAGUCCUGCCCCCAAGACAACCCCUCUAUUCUUGGUGCUGCUCGGAAGGAUUAAGAGUGCUUUGCUGGCUACUUUCCUUGGCUUGGAUCAAGUGGUGUGGCUGGGUCGUUCUGGAAUCUAUCAGAACAAGGAACGAAGUGAUCUGAUAGCCAAGCUUUCCCUUCACUGCUGGAUGUCUAGCUGUGGUGUUGGAUCCGUCAUUGAGGUCUGUGAGCUCUAUCGGCUGUCCAUCACUUGUGCCAAACUUGGCAAGGAAAUCCGUCGCGCUAAGGAGAAGAAGAACGCAACUGAGCAAGCCAAGCUGAAAGAUCAAUUGCUAGCUGCUUUAGCGAAGGCACGCCAGCGACAACUGAACUUUGUGAAGUCAACUACCGACAUUAUUGUUGCGAUUGGCCUGCUUCAGCUUGCACCAAAGACGGUCACACCUCGAGUCACUGGAGCAUUGGGCUUUUUUACUUCGCUAAUCUCUUGUUACCAGCUGUUGCCGGCUGCCCCAAGCGCAAAAUCCGCGUAG